AUGAAGGUGAUUGCUGCUUACUUGCUCGCUCGAUUGGGAGGGAACACCGAUCCUUCUGCCGAUGACCUGAAGAGAAUUUGCGGAGCAGUUGGAGCUGAGAUUGAUGGAGACAGACUUGAGUUGUUCUUCUCCCAAGUCGAUGGAAAAAAUAUCGAUGAGCUAGUUGCAUCCGGAAAAGAGAAGUUGGCACUUGUGCCUUCCAGCGAUGACACUAGUGCUGCAGCUCCUCCUGCUGUUGUUGAGGAGACUAAGGAAGAGAAGGUUGAAGAAGAAGAAGAAGAAGAGGACGACUUUGAUGGACCUUUCAGCCUCUUCGGCCCUGACAACUAA